ACCACUCUCCAAUUCAUCACCUGAUUCUUCAUUAAGAAGCUGAGAAAAAGACCACGACCACGACCACUCCUCUUUUUCAUCUUCAAGAUUCAACAUUCUCCGUUCAUCAAUUCUUGAAGAAUCAUCCACAACCAAACUUCAGCCAUCACCUAAAAACUAUCACCAGUGAUUUCUUCCAAAACCUCCCCUUUUCUCUCUCUUAAAUAGAUCUAGAUACCGUCCUUCGAGCUUUCUUAGAUAGAUUUAGAUACCGUCCUUCAAGCUUUCAGAGAAAAUCAAGAAAAAACCAGAAAAGGGGGAAAAACGGAGGAAAAACAAAGAGGGUAGCAGCUCUUGCCUUCUCCAUUAUCAGAACCGUCUCACCAGGACCUGCCACCACCAACGUCAAAUACCACUGAAUCAGAUCCAUAUGAGCCAUGUCACUGACAUCCUUUUCUGGUAGUCUUCACCUUAAUCAUCUAGUGCUGUUUAUGCUCUUCUUUUUACUAGCUCUUGUCCAACUCAUAGAAUCAAGUCCUAGAGCUUAUGAGGAAGCUCUGAUUUGCGGAAAUAAAACUGCCUCUACAAAUGAUUAUCCUGCAUUUAAGCAAAAUUAUAUAUCAGCAAUAGACUCAAUUGUCGAUCCCUUGGUGUCCACUGGUGUUGUAGAUAUUGUUGCUGGGAAUGGAAAUAGUUCGACUGUGUUUUUAUUUGGAGCAUGCAUGAAAGAUUUAUCACCUGGUGAAUGCGAUAGCUGUUCUUCUGGUAUGCUAGUUAAAAUUGAACAAUGUCAAGCCAUAGAAACUGGAACACGUGCUGGGAGACUAUAUCUUGGGGGUUGUUUUAUAAGGUUUGAUGAUCAUAAGUUUGAAAACGAGAUAACUGGGCCAGAGGAUCUAGUUAACUGUGGCCAACAGGUGGAACCACAUUCAAGUUUUAUAGGGGUGGUAGACCAACUAUUAUCCAGUUUGAGCGGUGAGGCACCUGGGAAUGGAGGGUUUUAUUUGGUUUCUAAACAAGAAAAUGGAGUUUCAGCUUAUGGGUUAGCCCAGUGCUGGAAAUACCUAAAUAUAGACCAAUGCAGGACCUGUUUGAGUGAUAGUGCAAUCCCAAAAGCCAAGACGUGUCUUCCCAAAGCUGAAGCUACAAUUCUUAACGCUGGAUGCUACUUGAAGUAUUCCACUCAACAAUUUUAUAACAAAGCAUCUGAAGGAUUUCGACAUUCUUUGACAGGAGGUCUACUUUACUCGUCAUUGGUAUUCACCCUUGCUAUUCUGAGCCGAGUAGCAGCAAAUUAAUUAAGUGGAUCACUAGCCAGAGGAAAUCUGUUUUCCAAUCUUGUCAAUUUGAUUGAUAAUUAAAUUUAAAGUUUCUAAGUUUUUACCUACAAUAAUGAAAUUUUACUUUGAAACUGUUGAUUAAUGAUAUAACUCAUGAUUC